AGGAAGUGUACACAAAUGUAUUUGUAGGUGGAAAUCAGCUGAGCGAUUCAAUUCUAGCUGGUUGCAUCUUUGAAUAUUAGCAUGACUUGUCCUGCGCUCGCCUCUUCUCGUUUUUGAAUUGACAAUUUAUCCGGACAAUCGUAAGGUUAUUUAUUUGGCACGAAAUCUUGCGAUCUGUCGACCAUCCUGUUUUGCUGCAGUGGACAGAUGUUGAGCAUGUCGUGACAUGACGGAUGCAUGAUGGAUCCUGAGGAAGCCGAGCUGCAGAAUGACUACCGUUACCGUAGUUACGCAACUGUCAUUGAGAAGGCGCUGCGAAACUUUGAAUCAUCUAGUGAAUGGGCUGAUCUUAUCUCCUCUCUAGGAAAACUCAACAAGGCUCUCCAGAGUAAUCUGAAGUACUCACUAUUACCACGGCGGUUGAUCAUUGGGAAGCGUCUGGCUCAGUGUUUGCACCCUGCCCUGCCCAGCGGUGUCCAUCUCAAAGCACUGGAGACCUAUGAGGUCAUUUUCAAAAUCAUCGGCACAAAAUGGCUAGCAAAGGAUCUCUUCAUUUACAGCUCAGGGUUGUUUCCAUUGUUGGGCUAUGCAGCGAUGUCAGUGAAGCCAGUUCUUUUGACAUUGUAUGAGCGGUACUUCCUGCCUCUUCAGAGAGCACUGUUACCCAGCUUGCAAGCUUUUACCAUGGGCCUACUUCCUGGACUGGAGGAGGGUGCGGAGGUCUAUGACAGGACGGAUGCAUUGCUUGUGAAGUUGUCAGUGUUGGUGGGUCAACCUGUGUUUUACGGGGCUCUGUGGGGUUCAGUGCUUAUUUGUCCUCCGGUUCGACUUCCUGCCUCCCUCUUCAUCGUCGCACACUUUGACAACUGUAUCACUGGCCGAGAACAGAAGUAUAUGCUUGGGACAGACCACAAACUAGUUGUGAAGGCCAUGUGUCUCGCUCUCCAAGACUCUAAUGUUCUGGUCCAGAGAAACAUGCUGGAGAUCCUUCUCUUCUUCUUUCCCUUGACAUCCUGCCUGAAUCCUGUGGAAAGUGCCAUUCCUCUAAAGCAAGAGGAGAUGAUCAGUGUGGUGUCUGCUGCUUCACUCACCCUGCUCAGGAGAGAUAUGUCGCUAAAUCGACGCCUCUAUGCUUGGAUGCUUGGCUUGGACAUCAAAGGAGGAAUGGUGACUGCAGACUCCAGUAACUAUAGCACUGUGGAAGAAUACACAGUGUUCUAUUUCAACACACACUCCAGGGAAUUGCUGGUGCAGGCACUGGUGAAUAUUCUGAAGCAGAAAGAUAUAGAGGCCAACCCAGAGAAUGUAAUAGAGUAUCUCAGACCAUUUCGCAUCAUCAUUAGCCUACUGGAUAAAUCUGAGAUAGGGCCAUUGGUGUUGUCUGAUGUGUUGCUGGAGGUGGUCAGAGCUUUUUACAGCUACUGUAAAGCAAUGCUGGGAGAGGACACGCUCAACAGCAGCCUCAGUGGCAGCCAACUCAACAGUAAAAUCAAGGAGAAUAAAAACUCUUCAGAGAUUAUUAAGACCGUCAAUAUGCUUGUGAGUGCCAUGAGCAGCAAUUAUCUUUGGGACUACAUGACGAGGCAUUUUCAGAACUGUCUCAGCUCUCUAAGUGAUCCCGCAGGGAAGGGUCCAUCUAAAAACUGGAGUAGCCCUCCUUCAGUGACUGAACUUUCCAUGCUCAUUAUCUUCCUGCUGGACGUUAUACCUCUGGAGCUGUAUGCAGAUAUUCAAACGCAAUACCUGCCACAGAUGCUAGGCAGCAUGCUGCAGUCGCUGCAUAGUCACAUGACAUUCCUUAGCCUACAGGAGCUCACGCAGGCCAUGAGAGCGUGUUUUAAAAUUCUCAGUAAGAUCCAAAUGCCAGUGGCUUAUAUGGACACGGAGGCCGAGUCACAGACACUAGAUAUAGGACAAACACAGGUAACAGGGGACAAUAAAAAGGAGAGUGACCAGGUGGAUGGUAACCACGAUGACAGCUCCGGUGAGGUCAGUCUGAAUGGACGGGAUGCACGGGAGGCAGAGCCAGGGGAAGGUCCGUACCUUCCUUUGCGCUCUGAAGACAGUGGAUUAGGCCUGAGUGCCUCUCCAUCUGAACAGCACCUCCUACUAGUCUGUAGUGGAUCAGAGGCUGGGGUGCACUCUGAAGCAGAGCACGUUUGGAGAAGAGAAGGGACUGUAGAAAACAUGUCCAAAUGUGUACAGGACAUACUGGCAUCUUUGAUCACAAGGCACUUGUUGGAUGUAGUGGAUCCAGAAAAAAGCAAUAAACAGGAUGAAUCAAAUCAGCUAGAUCAGAAUGGUUCUCCUCGGGCCAGUAAGCGGUCUCCACUUAAACGGAAAGGCAACCGAGAUUUGGGUCUUAUCAAAGACAGGCUUGCUGAGUUUUUCAACCCUAGUAAACUGAGGAUUCAUGCCCUUCAUGGGUUUUCUGUUCGUAAAGACCACAAACCAGCAGAUUUGGAGUGGAUGGGAAGCUUCCAGUCGAAGGGUAAAGGGGAGAUAUCCGAAUCAUGCCGCCAGGCCUUUACUGUUGUCUGCCAACUUCUCCUGGAAUGCACAACUUUUCCUGUCUAUUUAACUGAGGAAGAGAGCCAAGACUUGCACACAACUAUGUUCAACAAGACAGAUACUGAGACCCUUCCUGAGUGGCUGAGGUCUUUGAUGACUCUUUGUUGCCUGACGAAAGACUACCAGGUGCAACAUGUUGCAAUCUCCUCUCUUCUAGAGCUGAUCAAUCAUUCUCAGUCUUUAGCCCUCGUCAUUCAAGAUAAGAACCAACGUUAUAAGAACUCUGAUGCCAACCCACUCAGUGGACAGCUGCAAAUGGUCACCCUGCCUCCUAUCUACCCAGCUGUUCUCAAAACUGUCGAGGAUUCCACAGACUUUUACCUGCGUUUAUCUCAGGUGCUAUGGGCUCAGUUAGAUACAGAGCGCAGGGAGCAUCACAUAUCUUGCGUAGAGCUCUUCUAUCGACUUCACUGCUUGGCUCCAUCUGCAUCCAUCUGCGAAGACAUUGUCUGCAUGGGUUUAUUCAGUGAGGACAAGGUUGUAUGUCUGGAGGCGCUCCACAGGUUCUCGGUUUUGUGGCAUCUGACACGGGAGAUCCAGACAAGUCGCAGCUUUUCUCUCAACCGUUCCUUUGACAGAUCUUUGUUUGUGGUACUAGAUAGUUUGAACAAUCAGGAUGGAAGUGUCAGUGCCGCAGCGCAGAACUGGUUGGUGCGGGCUCUCUCUCUCAGUGAUGUGGUCCGUAUCCUGGAACCGGUUCUGCUCUUACUAUUGGACCCAAGAACACAGAGAUCACCUAUACAGAGCAUCAAACAUAAUCUUUCAGUUGGUAAUAUAAAGGCAUGUAGCUACAGAGACAGAUCCAUCACAAAAUGUACUGGUGAGGAAACAGAGGAAACCUUCGUCAGUCGCAUCACUGUAGUAGACCGUGAAGCAUUGUGGGCAGAGCUGGAGCGAGAUCCAGAACUAAUGGAAAUGCCCUCAGAUUCCCCAGCAUUGUCCAGGAGUGAGAGUGAAGAGACUGAGGGAGAGGAGGAAGAUGAGGAAAGUGAACACACAGAAUCUGCAGACACCAGUGGUGCUCAGAACUCCACGGAAAACUCCAGCUCAAGCUCUGCCCCUUACUUGCGACGGCCUGAUGAUGGCAGUGUAGAGGAGGAGGGCAUGGCCAAUGGGAUUAAGAGGGUGGAUUCGGAACGCACUCAGGUUUCUGAUUCACUCUCGAGUGAUGAAGAUGAUGGACAGUUGGAGGCCAUGGCGAAGUCUCGGCUGCUGAAGCGCCAGCGGGAGAAACGGGAGGCAGUGAAUUCAUUGUUCCGGCAUGUUCUUUUCUAUAAGCAGCAGUAUGAGAGCCGGCACAUUCUCUACGCCUUCACUAUCUUAGAGACCAUAAUCCGGACAAGUGCAGGGCCAUUUGUGGAGACUCUCUCCAAUACUUCUCUAGACUGCAGCUCCACUGCUCAUCUCAACCUCAUCCAGAACCUUCUGCAGAGGCACCGUCAGGCUCAGGAAGGUGGCAACUUCUAUGGGGGAUUGCAGACCUUAACUCCACCAAGUGCAGUCACUCCCGACCCAUCCCAGCCGCUCUCCUCUCCUCUCCAUUCACCACCUUCCCCUUCUUCUCCACCGACUCUCCUGAUAGAGCUACUCACCUGUCUCUGCCUGUGCUAUCUACGCUCUCAUUAUCCCUCCUAUGCGAGCAUUCCCACUCGCCAACUUCAGGCCAAUCGGGAGGUGCAGGUGAAAAGCGUGGAGGUGCUGACCGAGUUGAUGAUCCAGUUGGUGAGAGUGGUCCAGCAGGCUCAGAUCGGAGAGACAAGGGGUGGUGCUAGUAUGGAGGCAGUGCGCAACCUUCUUUGGGGCUACAAGGUGCAGCAAUAUGUUCUUCUUACGCUCUCUGCCUCCAUGUAUGUCUGCCAGCGUGCUGAGCAGCCUGACCAGCACACAUUGCCAGAAGAAGACCAAGGAGAGGAUGGGGCAGAGCUCUCGGAAGAGAGUCUGGUUAAUUUUGGCCGAGAUGGGACCUGGGCUGAGCACCCACUCCAGAUUGCCCUACUGAAGCUUCUCAAGGUUCUUAUUGUAUUGGAGCACCAUGUGUGUCCUUCUCCCACCAAAGCACAUGAUGAUGAGCAUCACCAUUCCAACCAGCAGCGGCGCACAGAGCCGCCCUCCUCAGCUUUGGCUCGAGAGUGGCAAACAGCUGUGAUGUUCCAGCAGUCCAUCAAAGCAGUGCGUUACGUAGCCAGCCAGCCUAUCACUGCUCAGGGCAUGUUUGUGUCAGCUGCAGCCCGGGCUUUGCACCCACAGUACGGCUGUGCCAUGCAUCCAGCCUGGGUGACUCUUCUGUGUGAAGUGCUGCCAUAUUUAGGACGAUCACUGGCCAUCAUUGUUUCACCCAUUAUUGCCCAGAUCUGCAGGAACCUGGAUGAGCUUGUUAAACAGCACGAGCAUGAUGGAGUCAAGGCUUCAAACAAUAGUAUCUUAAAGAGAGAGAACAUAGCACCUGAAUAUCCUCUGACCCUAUUGGAAGGACUGACCACAAUUACACACUACUGCCUUUUAGACCACAAGAAGGCAACUGCAAGCUGUGAUGUUCCAGACCUGCGAAAUGCGAGCAAUGCCAUUUUGGAGGAGUUCCCACACAUGAUUAGCAGCAUGGCCUUACUCUGGGGUGUGGUCAAGGGCUGUGACUCCGCCCAUGGCAGCAGAGCCUCACCCACCUCUGUGUACUUUAAAGGCACAAAGAUCUUGAGGCAGAAGGUUCUGGAGUUCUUGAUGCCAUUGACACUGCAGUUUGGGGUCCAGGUCAUGGCCUCUGUGGCUGCUGUAUGGAGUAGCAGGAAGGGCCGCAAAAGACAUUCCAGAAGCAAGAUUUUGCCUGAUGCUAGUGAUUCUCAAAUGACUUUGGUGGACCUGGUGAAGGCAUUAAACACGCUUCGUACAGACACAAUACUGCAGCUUAUCAGAGAGGUGGUGAAGAAACCCCAUCAGAUUAAAGGAGACCAGAGGACUACUUUAGUUGACAUUCCGAUGCUACAGUUCAGCUAUGUCUACAUUCAGAGUCUGCCUGCUCAGGCUCUUCAGGAGAAUAUCAAUCCUCUCCUCUGUCUGCUCCGGGAGUCUGUACAGCUCAACCUCGCCCCACCUGGACACUUCUUGCUGCUUGGCAUCCUUAAUGACUGUGUAAACAGACUUCCCAAUAUGGACAACAAGAGGGAUACCAGAGAACUGCAGGAGGUGAGCCAGCGCAUACUAGAGGCGGUGGGAUCUGUGGCCGGCUCAUCUCUUGAGCAAACUAGCUGGCUGAGUCGUAACCUGGAAGUGAAAGCUCAGCCUCAGGUCUGUCUACAGGGAGAUGAAGAUGACCAUGAUGGCAAUGACUUUGAUGAAUCUGCAGGUCAGGGAAGCACUAUGGUGUCAUCUUCAGCAGCAUCUGUAUUUAGUGUACAAGCUCUGGCUCUGCUGGCUGAGGUUCUGGCACCUCUUUUGGACAUGGUGUAUCGCAGUGAUGAGAAGGAGAAAGCUGUGCCUCUUAUUUCCCGUCUUAUGUAUUACGUUUUUCCCUAUCUAAAAAAUCACAGUGCCUAUAACAUGCCUAGUUUCUGUGCGGGUUCCCAGUUGUUGAGCAAUCUAAGUGGAUAUGCCUACACUAAGCGAGCAUGGAAGAAAGAGGUGCUGGAACUCUUUAUGGACCCAAUGUUUUUCACGAUGGAGGCCUCGUGUACCUGCCAUUGGAGAUCCAUCAUAGACCAUCUACUGACUCAUGAGAAGACAAUGUUCAAAGACUUGAUGAGUAUGCAAAGUAGUUCUUUGAAGCUAUUCAACAGUGCUGAACAGAAGCCUAUGUUACUGAAACGCCAGGCCUUUGCCAUGUUCAGUGGGGAGAACGACCAGUACCACUUCUAUUUGCCUCUCAUACAAGAGCGUCUAACGGAGAACCUGCGUGUGGGACAGACCCCAGCAGUGUCAGCUCAGAUGUUCCUCAUGUUUCGGGUUCUUCUGUUGAGGAUCUCAUCACAACAUCUUACCUCACUCUGGCCAAUCAUGGUGACUGAACUGAUACGCAUUUUUAACCGCCUGGAGAAAACCUUGCUAGAUGAUAAAGAAGUUUCAAAGAGUAAACUGCGGGGUGGCCAUGAAAAAAAUGGUCUACUGUGCUUCCCACAGGCAGAGCUGGAUAUGUACCUGUCAGCCUGCAAGUUCCUGGACACCGCUGUGUCCUUCCCUCCAGAGCAUAUGCCUCUGUUUCAAAUGUAUCGCUGGGCUUUUAUUCCUGAGGUUGAUGUUGAGCGUUAUGAUGGGCCUAGAAACACUUUGUUGGAAGGAGAACAAGAGUGUAAAUCUCAUCUUGUCAAAAUACUGGAUGGAAUAACCCGACGCUAUGGGGAGCUGAAUGGAACUGCAGGAGAGUCAAGCACAGACCGUGUCGAGUUCCCUCUGCUCACAUUGCGUUCCCUCUCUUCUAUCGUGGAUCUCGUGCCAUUCUUCAGCACUCUCUGCUGCUCUUUUAAUGGCUCUUCUUGUCCCUCCAUGCUCCUCUCACAUUCUGCUGCAGACUACCCACCAUCCAGCCGCGAAAGGGUCAUGAAACACCUAGAGCACAUAAUUACAGGAGAGUUCCUCGAUGGAAUGGACAGUUAGAUAAUCUGUAAAGUCAGUUGUCUUUUGAAACUCCAACUCCUGUUUCGCUUGGAUCCUGUAUUUGCUUUUGUAAUUUAUGUCUUUGGUUCAGGCCCGAAUCCACAGGGGAUCACCAUGCUCACCAUCCCCCGACUGUACAGGCCCUUCCUGAGAAUCCUAUGGCCAACAUAGGAUUAUAGCUUACAUCUUAUACAGUAGUUAGUGCUGGGCUUGCAUUGGUUUCUCUUUGAACACAAAAGGGCAAUGAGAUUUUAUUGUAGCGUGAUAGUUUACAUGUUAAAUGUAUACAUUUUCUUGCUAUGAUGUUAAUCAAUGCAUGUCAAGUCAAUGUUAUGACCUUUCCGAGUCUUACACAUGGUGAAUGUACAGUAUGUCAUCUUUGUAUUGUUUUAAUUUAGCAUUCCAUUACUGUUCAUUCUUUGCCUAAAUGAGCCAAAUUAAACUUCAUUUUGCCCAUGUUUCAACAGGGGUAACAAACGGAUGAUGUGUUAUUUGCUUUGUCUAUGAAGUUUGUUAUUUUUAUGUUGGGCUGUCAAUCAUUUCUUGCCUUGAAUUUUCUUGCAGUAUUUUUGCAUCCUCCUCUGUUUUUUCCUACGUGGCUCAUUGUGGGAAUGGUUAACAUCCCUUUUCUUGACUCAUAAAGGUAUUGUUUUAUCUGUCAUUUUCUUUAUUUGUUUACCAAAAACUGUUUAUAGGACUUUCUCUUGCUUUCUUGACUUGUCUUUUACUCCAAGUAGUAAAGAGGAUAAUGUGUCUUAAGACCUAAGUAUUAAAAAAAAAAAUUAUUUUUAUGUUCAUAUUUAAUGCCUUCUUUUACUUUGUGUAGAAUACAUUCUCUCUAAAUAUUUACAGCAUAGGAAUAGUUAUGUACAUUUUAUUUUAUGUACCUACGGGAAUGUUUUUGAUUCAUAUUUGUGUUCUUCAUUAUGUUCUUCAUUUGUGGGACCUCGAUUAAGUCUUUAUGGUGUGGCUUUAAUUGUAGUAUCCACCUGAUUUGGCAAUUAUAGUUUGUUUCAAGUGUUACCGCUAGUAUGCUACCUUGUCCUUUUUGUCUGGGUUAAUUCUCAGAAGAGUAUGUUUGAAGUGCCUAAAAAUAAAUUUUGGAGAUGUUUUAGUAAUUAAACAUCUUUCCUUGUUCUGUAGUUGCUAUAUGCAAUUGUGCUCAGAAACAGGCAGAUAUGAAGCUUGUAGUUGCUUUACAGGAAUAGUUCGCCCAAAAAUGAAUUUUUAGAAGAAUAUGUCAGCUCAUUAGGUCCUCACAAUGCAAGUGAAUACCAAACAUUUGAAGCUCCAAAAGCAUAUAAAGGCAGCAUAAAAGUACUCCAUACGACUCCAGUGAUUAAAUCCAUAUCUUCAGGAUCAAUAUGAUAGGUGUGGGUGAGAAAAAUAUCAAUAUUUAAGUCCUUUUUUUACUAUAAAUCUCCACUGUAACUUUCACUCUCUUCUUUGUUUUUGGCAAUUCAAAUUCUUUGUGCAUAUCGCCACCUACUGGGCAGGUAAGAGAAUUUAUAGGAAAAAAGGACUUAAAUAUUGAUCUGUUUCUCACCCACACCUAUAAUAUCACUUCCAAAAGUAUAGAUUUAGCCACUGGAGUCAUUCACUUGCAUUGUGAGGACCUGCAGAGCUCAAAUAUUCUUCUAAAAAUCUUUGUUUGUGUUCAGCAGAAGAAAGAAGUCAUACACAUCUGCGAUGGCAUGAUGAUAAGUAAAUGAUAAGAGAAUUUUCAUUUUUGGGUGAACUAUUCCUUUAAAGCCUCACUAAAGGCACUGAAAUGAGUUGUUAGUAAUUCAAGUGAUCUCAAAAUUCAUAGAACCCUGACAAAAGUGCAUGAAGAUGUCGAGAGCUUCACUACGUAUAUUCAUUUACUUGUUCAUUCACUGGAAUGCUGUCGCAAUUUUUAUUUUUUAAGGAGAAAUUAUGAUAAUACUUAUUAAAGUGAACUAUUUUGUGUGUAUGUAUUGCUCAUCUGAAUAAAAUGACUCCAAACUA